GCGUCCUGAGCGUGAGGAGAGGUUGGCAUCCUCAUCUACCCAGCCCAGCUCUGCCCAGAGGGCUGAGGCCCGAUUGGCCUGCAGACCGUGCUCAGCACAGCCUUCAGACAGUGGCAUCUCUUACCCGGGACUUGAAACCUCAGUCAUUCAAGCCCCAGAUGGAAGUUCUUUCUCUAUGAGCCGAGCCUCUCGCGCCGAGAGGCAGGAAGACAGGAGCCGUCUCCACCAGUCCAGAAACCCCCACAAGUGCUCUGCCAUGGAUGCGGAAGACGAAGAGAGCAUGAGUUCCAGCAGUGCCGAUGUUAAAGAAAACCGCAAUCUGGACAACGUGUCCCCCAGGGACAGUGGCACCCCCGGGCCCAGCGAGGCCGCCCUGCUCCCCAACGGGGGUGGCAGCGGAGGCGGCAGGAAGCGGCUGCUGGAGGAGGGCAGCAACGGCCACGCGAGGUACCGCCUGAAGAAGCGGAGGAAGAUGCCGGGGCCCGUGCUGCCCAAGAACGCGCUGAUGCAGCUGAACGAGAUCAAGCCGGGGCUGCAGUACACGCUGCUGUCGCAGACGGGGCCGGUGCACGCCCCGCGCUUCGUCAUGUCCGUGGAGGUGAACGGGCAGGUGUUUGAGGGCUCGGGCCCCACCAAGAAGAAGGCCAAGCUGCACGCGGCCGAGAAGGCCCUGCGCUCCUUCGUGCAGUUUCCCAACGCCUCCGAGGCCCACCUGGCCAUGGGCAGGACCCUGUCGGUGAACACGGACUUCACGUCCGACCAGGCUGACUUCCCGGACACGCUCUUCAACGGCUUCGAGACGCCUGACAAGGCGGAGCCGCCUUUCUACGUCGGCUCCAACGGCGACGACUCCUUCAGCUCCAGCGGGGACCUCAGCCUGUCGGCCUCCCCGGUGCCCGCCAGCCUGGCCCAGCCGCCCCUGCCCGUGCCGCCUCCCUUCCCACCGCCCAGCGGGAAGAACCCGGUGAUGAUCCUGAACGAACUGCGCCCGGGGCUCAAGUACGACUUCCUGUCUGAGAGCGGCGAGAGCCACGCCAAGAGCUUCGUCAUGUCCGUGGUGGUGGACGGCCAGUUCUUCGAGGGCUCGGGCAGGAACAAGAAGCUGGCCAAGGCCCGGGCCGCACAGUCUGCCCUGGCCACCGUCUUCAACCUGCACCUGGACCAGACACCAUCGCGCCAGCCUGUGCUCAGCGAGGGCCUGCAGCUGCACUUGCCACAGGUACUGGCAGAUGCCGUCUCACGCCUAGUCCUGGGUCAGUUCAGCGACUUGACAGAUAACUUCUCCUCACCACACGCACGCAGGAAAGUGCUGGCCGGAGUCGUCAUGACCACAGGCACGGAUGUCAAAGACGCCAAGGUGAUCAGCGUUUCGACAGGGACGAAGUGCAUCAACGGCGAGUACAUGAGCGACCGUGGGCUGGCGCUGAACGACUGCCACGCGGAGAUCAUCUCCCGGAGGUCCCUGCUGCGGUUCCUCUACACCCAGCUGGAGCUCUACCUGACUAGCAAAGAGGACCAGAAGAGAUCCAUCUUUCAGAGGUCGGAGCGAGGUGGGUUCCGGCUGAAGGACACCGUGCAGUUCCACCUGUACAUUAGCACCUCGCCCUGCGGCGACGCCAGGAUCUUCUCCCCGCACGAACCGGUGCUGGAAGGUACAGAACCAGCAGACAGACAUCCGAAUCGCAAAGCCAGGGGACAGCUACGCACGAAGAUAGAGUCUGGGGAGGGGACCAUCCCGGUGCGCUCCAACGCCAGCAUCCAGACGUGGGACGGCGUGCUACAGGGGGAGAGGCUGCUCACCAUGUCCUGCAGCGACAAGAUUGCGCGCUGGAACGUGGUGGGCAUCCAGGGGUCCCUGCUCAGCAUCUUCGUGGAGCCCAUCUACUUCUCCAGCAUCAUCCUGGGCAGCCUGUACCACGGCGACCACCUCUCCCGGGCCAUGUACCAGCGCAUCUCCAACAUAGAGGACCUGCCGCCUCUCUACACCCUCAACAAGCCCCUGCUCAGCGGAAUCAGCAACGCAGAGGCACGGCAGCCGGGGAAGGCGCCCAACUUCAGCGUCAACUGGACGGUGGGCGACUCCACCAUCGAGGUCAUCAAUGCCACAACGGGGAAGGACGAGCUGGGCCGUGCGUCGCGCCUGUGUAAGCACGCAUUGUACUGUCGCUGGAUGCGUGUGCACGGCAAGGUCCCCCCGCACUUGCAGCGCAGCAGGAUCACUAAGCCCACCACCUACCAUGAGUCCAAGCUGGCGGCGCGGGAGUACCAGGCCGCCAAGGCCCGCCUGUUCACCGCCUUCAUCAAGGCAGGGCUGGGCGCCUGGGUGGAGAAGCCCACGGAGCAGGACCAGUUCUCACUCACGCCCUGACCCUGGCGGGCGCCCGACGCUGAGCCCCAAGCCUCACACCUGGACUGGGCAGGCGCACACCUGGGGGAUGUGGGGGUCCAGGGGCCCAGUGUCAGCCCCGCGUCCCACACCUGGACCAGGGCAGGUGCGGGAGCACGUGGGGUGCAGGGCAUCUCACUCUGAACUGGGGCACCGGGAGGUGGGGCCAGCACCGCCCACUGCCCCCCCCCUCCCCUGCCCCAUACCCAGUGACUGCUUCCAACCUCAGUUUACGUUAGGCGUUGAGUUCUACUGAGUAGGGCUUCCAUAAGUUUAGGAAAAUAGAAACUACUUUGUGUGAAAUUCUUGAAUAAAUAACUUAUUCAGAGUUAGGAAUGUGGUUUAUAAAAUAAGUAAUUAUGUCAGGUCACUUUAUGCCACAUUAUUUUAAUUACAAAAAGGUUUCUACACGGAGGAGGGUGAGAAGGUGGAGGUAGCGCACAGAGCCCCUGGGAUUGGUACACACGUCCGGUGAAGGCCUGGCUCCUCGGUCUUCACCCUUAGCCGCACACAGUAGGUUUUAACGUCCCCUGGCAGCACUAGGGUGUCCUCACAUGACCCUGAGGCACAUGCUGAGCCCCGUGGCAACUCUGUCUGCUGCCACAGCCCUGCUAGCGGCCUCCGUGCUCCCAUGGGAUCAGAUCAUGGAAACUCUUACUUAACCUCCAAGUAAUCCUGAUAAGACUCAUCCAGAAUCCCCAUCCUGGCCACUGCUUUGGAGGUGUUGUCAACAGGGCUGGGCUCUGAACUUCUCCACCCCUCCUGGGGACCUGCACACGGGAAGGACGAUGGCCCAAGGGCGCCCAGGAUGGAACUAGAGUCGCCUCGCAGUCACUCAUCCUCGGAGCGUGCUGCGGAAGGCGUGUUUUUAAGUUAUUCUUUUUAGCUUUAUCAAAGACAUUUGAAAACUAAAAAGCACGCAGGCUGGAGCUGGCGAGAUGGUGUGAUGCUGGCGAGGUGCAGUCUGGCGUUGAUGUCAUGAGGCAGAUCUCAGGUGCUGCCGGCAUCUCAAGGGGGCUGGGGAUGCUGCUCAGCACCCCCGGGGCACAGGACGGCCCAGCAGUUGGAGCCCGGUGUGACCACCUGGGCCUGGGCCCAAGACCUGCACCAGGUGCCUUGUAGCUUCCACUCAGGGUUAGAGAUGCUGGGAGAGGUGCGUGCACCUCAACCACCGGCUCAGUGCGACCUGAGCUCCGGGGGUCACAGGAGGAGGAAUUGGGGGCUAGGAGCGGAGAGGUGCGGACCCCACCCCACAGUAUAAUCACCACGGCCGCCCCUGUGGGGCUGAUGCCCGUGGCACUGAGCUGUGCACGGGUAUCUGGAGACCACACAGGAGCACUCUGGGGUUCUCACCACUCCCCGGGCCUGCAGGGGCAACGUCACCUUGGUGGGACCAGGUCAGGGGUCAGGGGCCCUGUCUGCGCAUGCGCAGGUCUGGGGCAAGCGCACCUGCACACUGGCCUUCUCUGCAGUUGGGGUGGCGGCCCCUGGCUGGCAGGAUCUUGGGCCCCACGUGCCACUGUGCAGUCUCAUUUGGGUCAAAUGGACCAGGGUCUUCUUUGCACCCAUGGGAAGAGGCCUGGUGGUGCUGCUACCCUCCUCAGUAUGCUCCAGAAAAACUUGUACUCCUGGCUCUAUAAAUUGUAUUUUUUUGUAGUGGGGAUUGGGAGAUGGACUUAGUUUUUACCAAAUAUGUGGAUUUUGGAUAUCAAGUCCAGUGCAAAUGUGUUCCAUAUACAUAAAAACAAAACCACUCAGUAUGUCUGGCUGUUUCUUCAGUUGGGUUGUAGCAGAAAGGUGCACAAUUGAGCCCCAACCCAAAAGCAAAUGUCCCUUGAACUCAGGCCCGAGCCCUGAGCCUGGGCACAAGGGAGGGGGAAGAAGGUGGCCUGGGGACCAAAGGGCAGGGUGUCGCCUCCCCUGCUGCCAGGACAGGACCACAGAGAUGACUCAGCUGCAGAAAGAGAGAGAAGAAGCAGGCCCUCGUCCGUGAGAGCAGUCAGGACGCACCGUACCUCACACAUCACGUCAUCACCACUCAUCUGCUCCGACGUCCUGGAUCUGCACUUAAGAGACUUCACAGAAAACCAGACACAGCCAGGGAAUUGACAUUUUGAAGGGGAAAAAAAAAACCCUUUAAGUGUUGAGGGCAUCUUGCCAAGCGGGGGCAGUCGGUUCUGUUCAGUCAGUGAACCCCAAGGUAUUACUUCCAUGAAGACCCUGUCCCUCAGGACGGCUCAGGAACAGCUUGCUUUGGUGGAGAGGUUAUGGGGGGGGGGUAUGUUUUGUGUAGACCUGGGGCUGUUCCAGAUGGGGGACGGCGGCCUGGUAGACGUUGGCCAUUUCUAGCUACCAUGACCACCUGCACCUUUCCCAGCAAAGGAUGCCAAAAACUGCAGGUUUGAUUCCGAGUCUUCAUCUUCCAUCACCCUUUCCUGUUUGGGAAAUCGCUGUGUGAUGAAAAGGAAUUGUUUUUAAAUGUGCAGGCCCCAGUCUUAUAAAGCUCUGACUUCCCCGGAAUUACAGUCACCACUUUGUCCCCAGAGCCCAAGUUCCUCUUGUGGCGAGGCAGGCAGCCGCUGUCCCCACCAGGUGGCAGGUCUGAGGAAGGCGGUGUACCUCCAGGGACAGCUGUACAUUGCCCAGGCCUCUGAGCAGAUGAAUGCAGCCAGGUGACGCUUCUCGCCUUUGAGGUACUUUACAUCAGAAAUACCACCUCUGUACACUCAGUUUUGAUCCAACAAGAGAAAUUAAAUUAGCUGACUUGCCUAUCUCUAAAUUAAAAAUCUCCUUUAUAUCACCCCCAAAUUAUAUUUGUGGAAAGGGCAGAGGACUUGUGUCUGGUGUGUGUUAUUCCCCUGUGUCCUUGUCCCCUGAUGUGUCCUGUGACAAUCAGUCUCCCUGAAUGCAGGGAGGGGGUUGGGCUGCUCCGUUGUCCGCCCUGGAGUCCUGAGUUCCCUAGAGGCUGGGAAUGGAAGCAAGGGAACCCUUAGCCCAUGGGAGUCUGCCGUGACCGUGACUCAGUUGUGCGGGUGUGUGUAUGUUUUCAGUUCGUUUAGAAGCUGCCUCCUGUGGGCAGCUCCCUGCUCUUUCUUGUUUACUGGUGGGGGGACUGUAUGGAAGGAACUGAGGUCCUCCUCCUAAGGGGAGCACAGUGGUUAAAAGCACAGUCUAUGGAAUGUUCAUUAGGAAGCCCUUAAGCUGUUUGCUUUUUCAGGCUUUGGGUUAUAUGCUUUUAAUUUGAUUUUAGAAUUUGGACACUUUAUAUGAAUGUAAUUCAGCUGAGAAACUUGUUGCUAAGAUACAAUCCUCAGUGUUCUCGUAUGUAUAUUUAUGUAUAUAACACACAUUACAGCCUGCAUGAGCUUCCUCUCACACUGAGGCCAGCUGGAGCUGAGCAUGAGACGCUGUCGCACCUAGACAAAGGACUUGAGAUGUUCUCAAUAAAAAUAAGAUGUUUCACUAC